AGUGACACUUUCAAUUCAGUAGUGAUUCUGCUUACAUAAGAUUUAUAUAUGAACUUUAUAUUGAUAUAAGGUAGAAAUUAGAAUAAUUUGUAUAGUACUAAGAAAGUUAUUAUUAAUUUGCAUGUGAUUGUAGCAAUAAGACAUAUGCGUUGAAGAAACUGAUUACACCAGGCGGAUUGAUUCUUAACAUUGCAACAUGACAUCUCUCAGAAUUAUACAGCCAGGUCUCAAAUUAUUUCGACACGCUCCAAAGAUUUUAAGUGUACCGUCAGCUCGAAACAAAUAUUAUGUUGUUCAAGGACUUGAUGAAUUAAAAACAUGGAAAGAUAUUGGCGAUAAUGCUGUUCAGAAAGCAUUCCUCUUAGAAAUUAUUCGUGGUUUAGGAAUUGCCCUAUCCUACUUUUUUAGAGAACCUGUAACAAUAAAUUACCCUUUUGAAAAAGGUCCUUUAAGCCCACGAUUUAGAGGAGAACAUGCAUUAAGAAGAUAUCCCUCAGGAGAAGAAAGGUGUAUUGCAUGCAAAUUAUGCGAAGCAAUUUGUCCAGCUCAAGCAAUCACUAUUGAAGCAGAAGAAAGAGCUGAUGGAUCUCGUCGUACAACAAGAUAUGAUAUAGAUAUGUCAAAAUGUAUAUACUGUGGUUUCUGUCAGGAAGCUUGCCCAGUGGAUGCAAUCGUGGAGGGUCCAAAUUUUGAGUUUUCGACAGAAACACACGAAGAAAUGUUAUAUAACAAAGAGAAACUUUUGAACAAUGGAGACAAAUGGGAAUCAGAAAUUGCUAGUAAUAUUCAUGCUGAUCACUUGUAUCGAUAAAUAAAUUACAAAAUGUAGUUAUAAAUUAUAUAUAGUAAUAAAUAAUUAAAAUGAUAUAAAAUUUA